UUCAUUUCGUACUAAUUUACCCUCUUCCCGUUUCCACAAUAGCUGCAAAAGAAUGUUGCAGUAGAGCAAUGCCUUACAAAUUUGGCUGAAGGAGACACUGAGCAAAGAGCUUUUCAGAGAGCUUCAACUGAGCUGUCAGAAGGGGCAGUUUGGUUUCUGCGCAGGCAAUACUCACAUUCCAAACUGCAGCAGAGAAAAGCCGGACCUUUUCUGCUUGUUCAUUACAUUUGCAAGAUGAAGCACCCGAUGGUCACAGCAGUGCUGGUAGCACUGGUGCAGGUUUCUCAGAGUUUCCCUGCCUUGUACCACCGAGGGUGGUGGAGGCUGUUAAAAGAAGGAGAGAGUUGUGGAAAAUGUGACUUGGCACUUUGCUCUGAGCCUAAAGAUUGCCUUGCUGGGACUGUACUGGACCGCUGCGGCUGCUGUUCUGAGUGUGGAAACGUGGAAGGUCAGAUCUGCGACUUGGACCAGGGCAAUCAUUUUUAUGGGCAGUGUGGGGACAACCUCGAGUGCAGGCUGGAUGCUGAUGAAGCAAAGUUUGGAGAAGUCCCUGAACCCCAGUGUGUGUGCAAGUAUCAAGAGAGUAUCUGUGGAUCUGAUGGGAAAACCUAUGAGAACAUCUGUCAAUUCAGCAAGGUUUAUGCUGAGAAGAGGAACAUCAGCAUGAAGCAUAAAGGACCAUGUGAAUCAGCUCCUGUUAUUUCUGUGCCACCUCAGGAUGCCCAGAAUUUCACAGGCAAUGAUGUCAUUUUUGGCUGUGAGGUGUCAGCUUAUCCUAUGCCACAGUUGGAAUGGAAAAAAAGGGGGAGUAAAAUGUUCCUGCCAGGAGACGACGCCCACAUCUCUGUACAGUCAAGAGGUGGGCCUCAGAAGUAUGGUGUGACAGGAUGGCUGCAGAUUCAAGGCCUCAAAAAAUCAGAUGAAGGUGUUUACAUCUGCCACACCAAAAACAAGCAUGGUGCAACUUAUGCCUCUGCAAGACUGAAAGUCAUUGACGGCUCAUCUCCUGCAUUUGCAUUUACUGAAGGUAGUAGAAGUGCAAGCUACAGUGUUGAAUAUGGGGAAUAUUAUGACCAUUCUGAUGAUGAAGAUGAGGAAGAAAAUGAAUCUGGGGACUAUGAAAACUGAGCCAACUCUGAAUAAUAAGUUUUAUGAAUCUGUUGUUCAAUACCUUUUACACUGCUCUGUUUACUAGAAGUCUCUAUGCUGUCAAUGGCUCCUCUGAUAACACACAUUCACUUGUGCAUCCACCUUCCUGCAGUUCAACUUUGGCUGAAGUUUAUCACGCUACUUACUAGAAAUACAGACAGUUGUAAAUCUAUAUAUUCAGAUACAUUCAGACUCUUAAAUAAAAUGUUAAACAUCCACCUGUCUGCCAAGUGUACUGAAGGGAUCAAAUUUUAGAGCAAUUUUAAAAAUGUAAAUUAUGUCAUAAUUUCUUUCAACCAGUCCAAUUUGUCUAGCAAAAAUGUCCACAGCUAGAGAACAUUUUUACUUUGUGUCCAUUUCCUUUUUUCUAUAAUGUGCUCAGAAAUAUCAAGAGAUUGUUCACAUGGCAACAAACCUAAGCAUGAAGGUUGCAAACCAGUUUUAAUCUCCUUAGUUCUUGUUUUCUCAUAAGUUUCUGCAAGAUUUUCCUUCACGUUUGAAAUUUUCCACGGUUAGUCUUAUCAAGGGCAGAUCUGUCUUUGAGGUGUUAUUUUGUUUACUUUGAAUAGAUACCUGAAUCAAUUGCAGUCUAAAGCAAGUAAAUGCUGUUUUCCCAGCAAUACCCUGCACAACCAAGUCAGUAUUUGUUCUUACCUUGGACUGUUCAAGACUUUUUCCUAUCUCUGGUCCAUCUGCAUGGUGUCCAACUAAAGUACGUUCAGCAUUGCUACACUUCUAGAAAUGGCAGGGAGAAAAAGAGUCAUCAGUUUUGUUCUGAAAACCACUAGAAUACAGAGUUUUCAAAUGGUUUCACCCACCAGACAGCAAAUGAAAGGCAAUUCAAAACCACAAGGCUUCAAAGUGUGAUCAACCUGACAAUUUUCUUCAGUUGCUUUUGUUAAUGAAUUACACAAAGGGCUCCAAGUUACUGUAUGAUGGAAGACACUAAACUAUGACAAGCACUUUUGGGAAGCAGUUACACCUAUUGGCUCCCUGAGGAAAGAUGAAUAGCAGU